UUUCUUUUUACUGUAUUUAUUUUUCUUGCAGCAGUAUCUGUCCUCUGGCCUUCUUCGGCUUCUUGUCCGAAGAUUUAACAUUUCUAAAAGAAUCAGAAAUUUUCUGAGUCUACUGUUCAGAGAAAAAAAAGGAAAUAAUUGUCUGGGAAAUAAUUUUCUUUUCGUGAAUUUCAGUUCAAGGAGAGAAGAAGAGAAGCUUGGAAAAGAAGAGGGAAAGAAAUAAAAAACAAAUUCUUUUUCUUAAUAUAUAUUUUAUUAUUUUGGUGGCAAAUUGAGCCGUGGGUUUGUGGUUCCAGUGAAGAAGAAGAACCCUAGACGAUUCUGAGCUUCUAUUGUCCUCAGAUCACGGUUUUUAUUUGCUUCCAUCUGAUGGUUGAUGGAUCUACUGGUCUUUGGGAGAGAAGGAUAAGCUGAUGAUGAUGAUGAUGAUGUUACAAGUUUAAUGCAUGUGAAAGUUUUCUGAACAUCAAAUUCAACAUGUGUUGUUUAUGUGAAAGCUUAGUUUGUUUAACCAACUAAAGACUAUAAAGCUCGUUUUCAAGAUUCAAAUUCGUAAAGGUCUGACAUUAACUGAAGAAUCCAGUGGUGUGAUUUAUGUUUCCAAACAACGCUUCAAGAGAAAUUAGCAACUACUUCCACAACAUAGCCUUAUGAAGCAGUCUGGUUACGAUGAGAUGCAGCUGUUGCAGCAGCAGGUGAUGCUCAAGCAGCUACAUGCUCUUCAAAUGCAGCAGCAGAACUUUUCAAACCCUUAUUCGUCUACAGCUCAGAAGCAAGCUAACAGUAGCAGACAGUUUCCACCUCUUCUUGAUGAAAUGCCUCUAAAUGAUUCUUCACAAGGAUAUCUAAACUGGCCACAGAGGAGCGCAACCCCAGGCCAACAAGGAAUGUUUUCUAUGGGUUUUGGUUCUCAGCAGCCUGAUGUUUCUCUCUACAGUGCUCCGGUUGGUAAUGCAAGAGGUAAUAUGAGUCAACAGCCUCCGAUUCAAGCGAUGUAUCAGGAACCUGGCAGCAUAGCAUUUAGCAACCCUUUCUUUAAAAGUCAAUAUGAUCCAUCUCCACCACAGUUACCUCUCCAGCAGGGAACAUUUAUGUCAAAUCUUGGAGUUCAAGGGACAGGUUCAGUCAAUCUCCUUUCUCAACAAUUUGACAGCUCUCCAAAAGAUUCUAGUGGGAGGCAGGAGGAACAAGCAAGCUGGUCUUCGUUUCAGCAGAAGGAUACCACGAAGCUGUCUCAAGGUCUUGACCCACUAGAAGAGAAGAUUCUGUUCAGUAUGGAAGACAGUAGUAGCAUCUCCGAGAUUGCUUCCGGAGUGUUUGGUGACAGUGUGAGUUUCUCCAGUCCUUUCCCAUCAUCUAUGCAGAGUGGGAGCUGGAGCGCGCUUAUGCAGACCGCUGUUGCUGAAGCUUCUAGCAGCGAUACUGGUCUUCCCGAGGAGUUCAGCGGCUUAACGUAUCAGAACAUGGAAAUGUCUGCCGACAUUAAUGACAUAUCCAACUUCAUAGCAGACAAUGAGAAGCAACAGCCUAGCUUCCCUGGGUUUCAGGUGCCUUCAAAUCAGAUGAGACCAGGUCUCUUUCAGGAUGAUAGUACUACUCCUGUUUCCACUCAAAGGUCCUCUAACGUGUCUGGUCACUGGGUGGAUUGUAAUCCUCAACCGAAGAUAUCUACAGGUAAUAUGUAUCUGCAGUCCUUGGGGAUGUUUGAUCAGCUACAGUCUCAGACAGGCAUCCAUCGCUCCAGUACAGCUGCAAGUCACUUAGCCGGUAUGUCUUCUUCACUUGUGCCUCGUCAGCUCGGGCAAGCGGGGAUGUUCCCGCAGUUCAUACAACAGAAUGAUCUGUCCACCGUGUCUGUAUCCCAAAUGCAGACGACUAAUCCAUUUGUAGCGUCUUUACCUGACAAUGCAACACUUCCAGGCCUUGGAGGCCACACCACUAGUCAGACUAGAUCUCCCCAACGUGGUACCAAUCAGCAGUUUAAUGUGUGGAUGGACUUACCAAGUCGCCAGCAUCUUUUGGAUCAAGAACCAGUCAAAGUUCCCGCUGAGAUAUUGAGAAGUGAUGUCACAACGUGGCAAAAGUCCCAACAGAUGUCGUCCACAGGACAUAAUCUGCAACAGAGGAUUGGUUUGCCUCAAGGGCUGGGAGCAGCUGAUUUUAAUAAACUGCCAAUGGAUAGUGGAAUGAGCUCAAUGUCACAGCUUAAGUCAUUUGCGUUCCCUGGUGGAGCCUCUCGAAAUGAUCAGAUGCAACCUGCACAUGAGUCUCAAGUGAUUCCCGAGAAGUUGCCUCAGCAUUCUAAGCCUUUAGACACAAUGCACAAACAUGCAGAGAUAAUCGCACCAAAGAAACGCAAACUUAUGAGAACAAAGAUGCUGACUUGGCAUGAAGAAGUCUCUAAUGCAUCCCAAAGGGAUCACACAAUCAGUGAGGCAGAACAAGAAUGGGCCAGAGUUGCUAACUUCUUAGCUGAGAAGGCCGAGUAUGAUACUCAUACCUUCGAGUUUGCACCGCCACUGCACCGUUCAAAGAGAAGACUUGUUGUAACAUCACAGCUUAUGCAGCAGCUACUUGAUCCUCCACCCUCACUCUUAUUUUCAAAAGCAUCGUCAAGUUGUGAUGUUUUGUGCUUCUUCAUUGCUAGAGCAACUCUUGCUGAUGCUUGCAGCCUUACCCACAAGAGAGAGAAUGGUUUGCCACCAUCAUCAUAUGAGAUUGACAAGAUACCAAAAAAGAUUGAGAGUUUAACAGAGAAAGCAAAUAAACUCAAGGAAAGCUUUGAAAGACUGGAGAAGACACAGUCAAUGGCAGAAAUAAAAUUCGACAUAGAGGACUUGGAAAGAUUCUCUGUUAUCAACCGUUUUGCAAGGUUUCACAGCAAGGGACCAGUCUCCGGACAAGCCACUCUUCUAAAACCGAUGCCACAGAGAUACGUUGCGGUUGGACCGAUGCCUCGGAGCAUACCAGAGGGAGUACAAUGCAUUUCAUUAUGAAUCUGCCUUUUGGAAACUAGUCUUUGCUAUAUAUAGUAUCUUAUAUGUUUUGGUACUAUUCUUUGCUAUUCUCCUGGGAAUACAAGAAGGUAUUGAAAAAACAACCAUCCUCGGAUAACACAACAGCUAAGCUAUACUCCUGCUGCUGUUUCUUUUCCAUUGGAAGUAAAUAUUUGUUGUAUUGUGUGUUUUGGGUUAAAGAGAUCGAGAACACCCUGGGAUAGUAUCAAAAGUAUCAGGUCUCUGCAGGAAGAAUAGGAUGAGAUCCUGUUUGGUUUUACAGAUAUGUCUGUUGUUGUUGUUAUUUUGUUUUUGCUUAGUUUAAAGCUAUUAACUUAGUUUGGAUGUUAGAAUCUUAUCAGUCCACAAUACAUGGAUAAAAUGGCAUUGCCCUUUAUAUAUUUUUAUUUUUU